AUGCUCACAAAUAUAAUCUUCUACUCAUCGAUUGUGCUCUCACUCAUCAGUCUCAGUAUUCAAAAUCUUAAUAAACCUGCACUACUAUCUGGACUUGGUAAUCUCGAUUUCAGUUUUCUUCGAGCUCCAACAAGGCCAGCUGGACAGGGAGGUGAUAGAAAUCUAUGUCAUUGUAAUGGUGCUUCACCACAAGAUGUUCUAACUGUUACAUACCAAGGUUCCGAGAGUAAAAGCCUUGUUUUAUGUAUGUGUCCUAAUGCAGUUACUGGUGCCAGUUAUAUGAUAGAUACCAUGGGAAAAGUGCCCGCUCCUAUUCGUCGCUACAACAAAGCCAUGAUCUCAGCAAGUGCUGGAACGUGUGGUGGAGCUGGAUCGAGUGGAGAUGUUUCGUUCUAUUGUUCAAGCAAUAUGCACGUUUCUGUAUUCAUUCAUGAAUCAGCACAUUCAAUGGAUCGUGGUAAGUCGGCAUCGAGAGAGUGGCAUGAUGCUGUGGCGCGAGAUUCGUGCGUACCUGAUAGCUACGCCAAUAGCAAUUUUGCCGAUAACUUUGCUCAAGUAGUUGUUCUUUGGGUUCAUUUGGUUGGUACAGGACGUGACAAGGACUUUGGUGGAAAUCAAUUUGCGUGUAUGAGAAAUCAACUACAGAAAAUGGCGGAAUAUUUGCCUGCUUCUAGUCUCAAGCCAUAA